AUAUAUGGAAUUACAUCGUUUCUUUUCGUGGUCCUGUCCAUUUUGGGUUUCUGCCUGGAAACGCUGCCUCAAGUCCGAGGCCCCACCAACAUCACACGGCAAUGCAACGGAGAGACUAGCGAAAGUCUGCAAGUGAUGCAGUCCCAUGAUGCGCUAAACGUCAUUGAUGUCAUCUGUACCAUCUUCUUCACACUGGAGUUAAUAGCCCGAUUUAUAUUUGCUCCGCAGAAAUUGAAGUUCGUUCGUUCUUUAAUGAAUAUUAUAGACUUACUGGCUCUCGUGCCACUUUACGUACAAGUCAUUCUACAUUCAACUGAUCCAGAAUUCUGUUAUCUAAAUGAACGACUUGUGAUGGAAAUUAUGUUUAUUUUGCGUAUUAUUCGCAUGUUUCGAAUUUUCCAUCUUGUUAAACAUUACCAAGCGCUAAAAAUAUUAGUUUAUGCCAUGAAAGCAAGCAUUCAAGAACUGCUUAUGUUGGCUAUAUUUAUGAUUAUUGCUAUGCUUGUAUUUGCUACAAUGAUCUAUUACGCAGAACGCAAAGAUGCAACGAACGCUAGCGAUUCGUUCAACACAAUCCCUAUGGGGUUUUGGUGGGCAAUCAUCACCAUGACAACGGUUGGUUACGGAGACGUUUAUCCGUCUUCCACGAUUGGCUAUAUUGUCGGUGCUGGAUGUGCACUCAGUGGAGUGCUCCUAGUUGCCCUCACCAUCCCUGUCAUCUCGAACAAUUUCACCCUCUUUUACACACACGUCAGAUCGCGCUCCAGCGAACGCCGGGUAAGUCGCACAUUCCAAGGUGGAUCCGAGAUUCUCGAACACCACGAUCCCACCAAUAAUUUUGAUCGUCGCUCGUCCAAUUCGUCUGUGGUUCUGGAAACCUUCAUGAAUGGCACUGUGGCCGUUCAUAAAAUGAACAAUCCGCUAUACGCGACUCUACCGUAUGCCGACCGUACAUCAAUUUCAGACAAUGGUAUGGAAGACGACAUGGACUCAGACCGAACCAUAAGCAGAAAUGGUUCUUUUCGAACACUAGACCUAACUGAGCCCAAGCCUGAAACACGUUUAUGAUAUAUAAAUUCAAAUACACAAACACUAAAACAAAAACAAUACACAAACAACAAAUACAAAAUCAAAAGGAUAGGUGAAAUAUAUAACAAUAAAAAAUAUACAAAAUUACAAAACUAAAUCACAAAAUAAUGAGAAAAAACGAGACGAGUCAAAUAAAACAUUCACCAGGAAAAAUUAUCAAAAGAAAAUAUGUACAUAUGUGCGUGGUUAUGUGUGUGUGUGUGUGUGCGUGCGUGGGUGCGUACAUGUGUGUUUGAGUGUGUGAAUUCUAUAAGUGAAAGAAGAUUCUGGAAUAAUUGAUGUCUAUCAAUGGUAUAAAGAUGGUAUAUAUAAAUUUUAAAAUGAUAAUAAUAAUAAUCAUAAUAAUAAUAAUAAUAAUGAUAAUAAUAAUAAUAAUAA